UCUAUAUCACUCACUGUCAUCCCGCGCAAAACGACUUGCUGAUUUCACAGUACGGGCAAUAGAAAUGAAGGGCAGACACGUAACAAGCCUUACCCUAACGUUUUGUAUUCUAACAACGUUUCUAUACAGGCAAGUUAGCAGCCAGGGGCUGGUUAACACCACGAAUGGUACCUUGAGUGGGAUCAGGGAGAUGAUUGGCGGGAAACCAGUGCACCUGUUUCUGGGUAUUCCAUAUGCCAAGCCCCCCGUAGGCGAGCUCCGGUUUAAGAAUCCACUGCCCGCCCUAAACUGGACAGGUGUCAGGAAUGCCACCGAGUUUGGAGACACCUGUAUGUCGGCGUCCCCAGUGUCGCCUAAGAUGUCCGAAGAUUGCCUCACUUUAAAUAUCUACGUCCCAGGUGACGUCAUCGACAGCGGUCAUAGCAAUGUGACGAAAGCAGUGAUGGUAUGGAUCCACGGUGGCGCAUACAGGUCCGGGGCGUCCUCGGAAUAUGACUUCAGAAACUUUGCCACUCGAGGUGACGUUAUAGUCGUUUCAAUCAACUACCGCCUCGGAGCUCUGGGGUUCCUCAGUUUUGAAGAUGCCACAGUUCCUGGUAAUGCAGGACUGUGGGAUCAGAUACAGGCCUUAAUGUGGAUACAAGACAACAUAGGAAAUUUUGGAGGAAAUCCCAACAUGGUAACAAUAUUCGGUGAAUCAGCAGGUGGCGCGAGUGCUUCCCAACUUUCGCUCACCACGGCCUCUCGGGGUCUCUUCCAGCGCGUCAUUUGUCAAAGCGGCGUGGCUACAGCACAAUGGUCGUGGGUGGCAGGUUCCUACUCAAUUGCCCAGGAUUUGGGUCGUCUCCUUGGCUGUACGACUACCAGCAAAAUGCCCCUGCUUGCAUGUCUGAAAUCUGUCGAUGCUGAAAAACUGAUCAGCGCCAGCCGCAAUGUUUCCCUGCCCAAAGGGGUGGCGUACGCCUUCACACCCACGAUAGAUGGCGUUAUGUUCACGUCACCCGUGACACAAAUGUUGCAAAAACCUGCUUCGGAUGUUAUGCAGCAUUUCCUUUCAUUGGACUUCAUGGCAGGUUUCCUGAAUUCUGACGGCGGAAUCAGUCUACGUCUGUUGCCAUUUGACAUAUCGGAAGGCAUUUCGCCAGGAUUAUUACGGGGCAAUUUUAUCCCAGAAUUUGCCAAGGACUUAUCUUCGAAAUUCAAAGACUUUAUCACCGAGAAAUUGCUUGAUGUGUACUUUAAUGCCAGUGCAGAUAACAUCACCACCGCGAUGAGUUUAGUGGACAUAUUUACGGACACUGCCUUUGGCGUACCAACUGUUCAACUGCUAGCAUCUCACGCGUCUCUGCCAGCAAGAACACGUGGUUCCAGCCAUCUAUAUUACCUAACUAUGCAACCAUCAUUUCCGCACGUCAUCCGUGACACGCCAGAUUGGUUUAUCGGUGCCAAUCACGCCGAUGAACUACUUUAUAUGCUUGGUGAAGGGGCAACGGGACGGUUUAAUGUUACUUUUACCCCACCAGAGAGACUGGUGUCUACGGCUAUUAUAACAUACUGGAGCAAUUUUGCCAAGACGGGAAACCCAAACACGCCCGCAUCAUUACCCGUCCGGUGGCUUCCAUUUACGUCCAUCAACGGAUCAUACGUCGAUAUAGGGAACCCUGUCGAAGCAAGGAUCAAUUUACUACCAAAGCGCAGGUCCCUGUGGUUCCAGAUUAUGCAGCUCAUAGCAACUGGUGGAACUACACCUCACACACCGAUGACGUCACCCACCACGCCUCAUGCAUCUGCAGCUUCUUCACUGACGUCAUGUCACACUGUUGUUGGAUUGUUCGUAUUUUUUGCAGUACAUACGUGUUCUGCUCUAUUUAAGAGUGAGACUGCUGUUUAACGAUUUACUGUUUACGUGCUGCAGACGACAGGCCUACGACAGAAUGGUAGAUGUAUCGGAUGUACAUUGCAAAACAAAAAAUCAUCGAAACAAAUGUUCUAAGUGCCAAAAAUUUAACUGAAGUUGAAUCGGAAAAAAA